AUGCCACGUCCCAAAUUCUCACAGAAUGCACCGCCGCCCCAAAAGCCGGUCUACUCAGAUGCCUCAAGUUCCUAUUGGCCACCGGGCUGGAACUAUGACCGCUACCGCCAUGCUACUCACGCUGACAUCGCCGAGCUUCCUGAGGGGGAGCUUUUGAAGAUGCAAGCGGGGCUGCGCGACGUGCUCGGCGAGGAAGGGGUGGGGAGGUUGGCAAUGCACGUGUACGAAGAGCAGCAGCGGGGAUUGGGCAACAAUGCUAAGGAGAGUGUGCCGGAGUACUUCCCGCCGAACUGGCUCAAGCAUUGGAACAAACGCCACAAGGGCCAGACGUGGGGUGUGGUGGCCUUCCGGACAGCCAGCUACGACGACGCGGAGCGAUGGGAAGCAUUCGUCAAAGAAGUGGGCAGGAUUGUUGAGAUUCCUUUCCAGAGGGCGGUCGAGGAAGGCAACGUUCCUGAGGAGUCUAUGGAAUCCAUUGAGGAGGCCAGGUCCAAGUUUGAGGUCAGAUGGAUUGAAGAUGUUGCCCUGGCAGACGAAAGCGUCGACGACCUCCGGGCCAGAUUCGACGGCCUCAAACCGGACCUACCCGCCGGCAUGUCGGACAAGGUCUUCCUCGCCGCGUCAGAUGAGGCAGUUGCAUCCGUGCUGGACUUGGAGGAAGCCGAACGGCCGACUACGAAGUCCAAGUGUUGGCGGCCAUCGGCGCCGUUCCUGGUUGUCGUCGCCGUGGAUCCUGAUCCGGGGCUGGAGGAAGGUCAUGAGGAGAGGGAGUGGUUCAGGCCCAUCUUCAAGGUGGCAGCGGAAGUGGUGGUUGAGGAGCUGUUGUGGCUUCUGGACUCUGACAUCAUGCCCUUGAGAAGAAUCACGCGAAGCGUCAAGGGAUUGGAAAACAUCACAGGUAAUGAGGUCGUCGGGGACAGGGAAUCGGAUGAUCUCUGGUGGAGUACGGCUCCUUCUGCACAGAGAAUGAGGAAGCGUCGUGGAGCAUGA